UUGAUCGUCAUCAAGCAUAGCCCAUGUGCCGCUGUAAGAGAGCAACCUUCUUAAUACCGCGGAAUUCCCUGUUCGAUAUUACAAAAUGUUAAACGUAAGAAACGGCGUGUUUCGACCUGCUUUUCAUUGGUAUUUUAAUUACCGGAGUUAUUGUGUUAACUUGCCAGUAAUACGUCUUCCUUGUCGUUCUCAACUACGUCUUGAUCAUUUAAGAAAGCAACCAUCGGCGCCAUCUGUGUUACCUACCCGAACAGGGAAACUUCUGGUCCUUAGCAAAAGAAGGGAACUGAACCAGUAUGCUGCUGAGACCAUCGGGCGAUGGGAGAAUCGCCCAUUGGUGAGUCAAGGAUGGAAACAUAAUGCGUCACGUGGUGAUCAUUUUAUCAUUUUACAGCAACAAGGACAUGGGCCAACACCUGACAUCUCCUGCAACUUUCAGUCUUUGGGAUUGGAUGAAGAACUGGUAUCAAUACUUAAUUCCAUAGGCAUCACCAGUCCUACCUGGGUGCAAAUAAAGUCAAUCCGUAAUCUUCUUCAAGGAAAAAAUAUUCUCAGUACAGCUGAAACGGGCAGUGGCAAAACACUUGCGUACCUUUUGCCCAUUUUGCAUGAACUCAAACGUUCCAAACGCUCAGCUCAUUCCUCACUCCCCCGUUGCUUGGUUUUGGUGCCAUCAAGGGAGCUUGCUGGUCAGAUUGUGUCAGUAGCUCAAAACUUUUGUGCCAAGUUACAAUUGACUGUACAAUUUGUUGGGGGUGGAUUAGGCCAAACAGCAGUGGAAAGCAAACUAGGUAGGGGUCCAAUAGAUAUUUUGGUAGCUACACCUGGGGCACUCUGGAAAGCUUUGCAAAAAGACAUUAUUAGUCUGAACGAACUUUGUUAUGUGGUAUUGGAUGAAGUAGAUACCCUGAUCGAUCAUACCUUUCUAAAACUGACUGGUGAUAUUCUUAAGCACAUAAAGAUAGCUUCCAGUCCCAGUGACUUGCAGGGUUCUGAAAAAAUGGCUCAGCUUGCGGUUAUUGGAGCCACUUUCCCUAAUGGCACUGAUCAGGUCCUAGGUAAAAUAACGGGUCUAGAAAAUAUUACGACAAUUAAAAGCAGCAAGGUGCACUUCCCACUGUUGCAUGUCCAGCAGACUUUCCUUAGAGUUAAAGGGUCAGAAAAAGUAUUGGAACUACUUACGUUGUUGAAGAAGCAACAACUUGGGAGUCCUGGGUCUGGGGUUUUCAUCUUUUGCAACAGUUCUAGUACUGUGAAUUGGCUGAGUUACAUCCUAGAGGAACAUGGCAUGAAGCACUACCGACUACAUGGUCAAAUGCCAGCCAGAAUGCGAAUGAACAUCUAUAAAUCUUUUCAGAAAGGACAAAAGGAAGUGCUGGUUUGCACAGACAUAGCCUCCCGGGGCCUGGACAUUUCUAGAGUGAACACAGUGGUGAAUUAUGACUUCCCUUUUACUCUUCAAGACUACUUGCAUAGAGUGGGCAGAGUGGGACGUGUAGGUAGUGGGGAACACUGUUCUGCUGUUAGCUUUGUUACACAUGCUUGGGAUGUGGAACUGGUGCAGAAAAUUGAAACAGCAGUUCGUAAACAUAUUAUGCUUCCUUGCAUGUAUAUCAAUACAAAAGAAAAUCUACAAAAAGAACUUGUAAAAUGAAACUAGUGAGGAAAUAACUAGUACAAUUGAGUUUUUAUGAUGUGUGUAAAAGAAGACAUUCAAUACACAUUUGAAUUAUUAAACUCAACUAAGCACAAACUGA